AUACCCCCUAUUAGUUAAUAAUCCUAUAAUAAUCCUAGUAAUCGGAUCUAUAUACUUAUAUAGAGAGGAAAUGAAAUAUUUCAAUGAUUUUUCAUCGAAUGACUAUUCAUCUAUUUAUUUAAAUGUAAAUAGCAGCAAGAAAGAAAGUUCUAUGGAAAAACGGCGGUUCAAUUCGAUCUUAUCCAAUGUGGAAUUAGGAUACAGGUGUAGGCUAAGUCAAUCGAUAGAUAGUUUCAGUCCUCUUGAAAAUACCAGUGUAAGCGAAGACCCGAUUCUAAAUGAUACAGAUAAAAACACCCGUAGUUGGAGUAAUAGUGACAGCUCUAGUUACAGUAAUGUUGAUCGUUUAGUCGGCGCCAGAGACAUUCGGAAUUUCGGCGCUGAUGAAACUUUUUUAGUUAGGGAUAAUAAUAGGGACAGUUAUUCCAUAUAUUUUGAUAUUGAAAAUCAAGUUUUUGAGAUUGACACUGAUCAUUCUUUUCUGAGUGAAUUAGAAAGUUAUUUUUAUAGUUAUUGGAAUUCUAGUUCUCUGAAUAAUGGGUCUAGGAGUGGCGAUUCCUACUAUGAUCAUUAUAUGUAUGAUACUAAAUAUAGUUGGAAGAAUUACAUCAAUAGUUGCAUUGACAGUUAUCUUCGUUCUCAAGUCUGUAUUGAUAUUUAUAUUUUAACUGGCAGUUGCAAUUACGGCGAAAGUUCCAUUUAUAGUUACAUUUGUGGUGAAAGUGGAAAUAGUAAUGAAAGCGAGAGUUCCAGUCUAAGAACUAGUACGAAUGGUAGCGAUUUAACUAGAAGAGAAAGUUCUAAUGAUCUCGAUAUAACUAUAACUCAAAAAUACAAGCAUUUGUGGGUUCAAUGCGAAAAUUGUUAUGGAUUAAAUUAUAAGAAAUUUUUUAAGUCAAGAAUGAAUAUUUGUGAACAAUGUGGAUAUCAUUUGAAAAUGAGUAGUUCAGAUAGAAUUGAACUUUCGAUUGACCUAGGCACUUGGGAUCCUAUGGAUGAAGAUAUGGUAUCUCUGGAUCCCAUUGAAUUUCAUUCAGAAGAGGAACCUUAUAAAGAUCGUAUUGAUUCUUAUCAAAGAAAGACAGGAUUAACCGAGGCCGUUCAAACAGGCACAGGUCAACUAAACGGCAUUCCCGUAGCAAUUGGGGUUAUGGAUUUUCAGUUUAUGGGGGGUAGUAUGGGAUCCGUAGUAGGCGAGAAAAUCACUCGUUUGAUCGAGUAUGCUACCAAUAAAUUUUUACCUCUUAUUUUAGUGUGUGCUUCCGGAGGAGCGCGCAUGCAAGAAGGAAGUUUGAGCUUGAUGCAAAUGGCUAAAAUAUCUUCUGCUUUAUAUGAUUAUCAAUCGAAUAAAAAGUUAUUUUAUGUAUCAAUCCUUACAUCUCCUACAACAGGCGGGGUGACGGCUAGUUUUGGUAUGUUGGGGGAUAUCAUUAUUGCUGAACCUAACGCCUAUAUUGCAUUUGCAGGUAAAAGAGUAAUUGAACAAACAUUGAAUAAGACAGUACCUGAAGGUUCACAAUCAGCCGAAUUUUUAUUCCAUAAGGGCUUAUUCGAUUCAAUCGUACCACGUAAUCCGUUAAAAGGCGUUCUGAAUGAGUUACUUCAGCUCCACGAUUUCUUUCCUUUGAAUCAUAAAUCAAGUAGAGUCUGAAGUUAAAUUAAUUAUUAUGAAGUUAAAUUAAUUAUUAAUUAAAUUUUAAAAAU